GCAUUGUUAGGGGUACAAGGUUUCUCUGCUCUACCAAAAGAUUGCCUCUUGCUUUGUUAUGUGUUCUUUGGGGCAGCCAUCCUGAUAAACUUAAUCAGGGAUGUGGCGGGUAAGAAAGUAGGCAAGUUCAUACCAAUUCCCAUGGCAAUGGCAAUACCUUUCUACUUGGGUCCGUACUUUGCCAUAGACAUGUGUGUUGGCAGCUUGAUAUUGUUUGUCUGGGAGAGGGUAAACAAGGCCAAGGCGGAUGCUUUUGGGCCAGCAGUGGCUUCUGGUUUGAUAUGUGGGGAUGGCAUAUGGACUUUGCCUAGUUCAAUACUUGCUUUAGCAGGCGUUAAGCCCCCAAUUUGCAUGAAGUUUUUGUCAAGGGCAAUAAACGAUAAAGUCGAUAAUUUCUUGAGCGGUUGAGCCCAUAAAACCCGAGGUCAGCCUAUGAUACAUAUAUAUGCAUACAUUUGAUCGUGUAUCCAAUGUUGUACCAUAUUUCUAAAUUUCGUUUUCUGUUUUUCCACUGUAAUAUGGUUAGUAUGGUAAAGGGAAUCAUGUUCAGAUGAACUGUUCCUCAAACUAGGAAAAAGAUUGAAAAAUUAUGUUUGUGUAUUUGCGUAUGCAGCAUGUCUUUGAAUGUCAGAACUUAAAACAACU